GCGCAUCAAUUUUUACCCAUCGACUUUCUCGCCAUAAAAUUCUAUCCGUCGCUAGGGUUAGGGUUUUCCUUCAUCCCCAAAUUUCUCCGGCGUUUUGAAUUCCGACUGAUCCAGACACCAUGGCAUCGUCAUCGAAGGUCAUCGUGCUGAAAAGCUCUGAUGGAGAAACGUUCGAGGUUGAAGAGGCGGUGGCUUUGGAGUCGCAGACGAUUAAGCAUAUGAUUGAAGAUGACUGUGCCGACACCAGUAUUCCUCUGCCCAACGUCACAAGCAAGAUCCUCUCGAAGGUUAUAGAGUACUGUAAGAAGCAUGUGGAGACGCCGAAGACCGACGAUAAAUCAGCUGAGGACGACCUGAAAUCGUUUGAUGCGGAGUUUGUUAAAGUGGAUCAGGGGACUCUGUUCGAUCUUAUCCUGGCUGCUAACUAUCUGAACAUAAAGAGCUUGCUGGAUCUGACAUGUCAAACGGUGGCGGAUAUGAUAAAGGGAAAGACACCAGAAGAGAUUCGUAAGACAUUCAACAUCAAGAAUGAUUUCACCCCAGAGGAAGAAGAGGAGGUUCGCAGAGAGAAUGCAUGGGCAUUUGAGUAAAAUCAAAAGAAAAUGUCUUUUAUAUUUAUUAUAAUGCAAGUAGUAGUAGUAGUAGUAGUAUAUAAUUGGAUGUUUGUGGGUCUUUUGUGCUUUUCUUAGAAAAAAAACCUCUUUAAUUGAAUUCUACUUUUGUUGGGAGGUUAUGAGACUGGUUUUCUUAACUUGAUAUGGUUUUCUUUUGGUAUGC